CCUCGCGGCGGCUGACGUGGAGGCGGUGAACGCCAUGUGGGCGGGACUGGGGUACUACCGCAGGGCUCGAUACCUGCUGGAGGGGGCUCGCUUUGUGGUGGAGAAGCUGGGCGGGGAGUUCCCAACCACAGCUGCUGAGCUGCUCAAGAUCCCAGGCGUGGGUCCCUACACCAGUGCUGCAGUGGCUUCCAUCGCCUUCAGCCGUCCCUCAGCCGCAGUGGACGGCAACGUGGUGCGAGUGGUGAGCAGGCUGGCCGCCCUGCCGGGGGACCCCUCCCGCCUGGCCGCCUGCCAUGCGGCGCUGGCGUUGGAGCUGCUGGACCCGGGGCGGCCAGGCUGCUACAACCAGGCGAUCAUGGAGCUGGGUGCCACGGUGUGCCGCCCCGUGAACCCCGACUGCGCUGCCUGCCCGGUGCGGCGGGUGUGCCGGGCAGCAGCCGCCUGGGAGACCUACCUGGCGGGGGGCGGGGACCCCGACAUGGAGGAUGCGCCCCGAGUCACGCAGUACCCCGGUCGGAAGGCCGUCAAGCAGAAACGCGAGCAGGCGGUCGCUGUGACCGUCCUUGAGGUGAUUUGCACCCGGGAGCACCCGCAGCAGCAGCAGCAGCCGCGGCAGCAGGAAGGGCACAGCGGCCAGCCUGCUGUUAACGACGGCCAGGUUCCGGCAGCAGCAGCAGCAGCUGGCGGUGCUGAUGUGGGUAAUAACAACGGUGGCGGGAAUAGCGCGGUCGCUCCACCACGUAAGCGACAGAGGACGAUGGAAGACUUUGCACUUGCAGCAGCAGCCCGGAAGCAGCGGCAGCAGCAGCAGCAGGACACUUGUGCAGCAGGUGGAGCGGGUCCUGGGGGGUCAAGGACGCCUGGUGGCGGUUGUGAUGAUGGAGGUGGUGCUGCUGCUGCUGCUGCUUCGGGACCGGUGUCCUCAGCUUGUGCAGCUGACGUGGGGGUUUGUGGCGAGCUGGAGGCUCUGCUGGCUCGUGGGUCCGCCUGCCGGCGCUACCUGCUCACCAUGCGGCCGCAGGGUGGCCUGCUGGCGGGGCUGUGGGAGUUCCCAGGGGCGGUGCUUCAGGAUGUGACGCCAGGUGAUGGCGGCGGCGGCGGAGAUGAUGAGGAUGCUGAGGCUAAGGGGGAUGGUGCAGCAGCAGCAGCCACCACGUCUGGUGAGCGCCGGCGAGCAUCUGAGGAGCUGUUGUGUCGGCUGCUGGGGCCAGCAGGCCUUGCCCUCACAUCAUCAUCAUCAUCAUCAUCGUCACUACCACCGGCAUCAGCACCAGCAGCAGCACCAUCUGCAGAAGCGGCGCCUGGCUGUGACACGGGUGCUGUCUCUAGCAAUCUUGCCAGCGGUGUGAUUUCUUCCUUGCAGAAGGAUCAGGCGGUUCAGGAGGCGGCUGCACAGAGGCAGCAGCAGGGGCUGUCAGUGCUGCGGGUGCUGGGCCGCCAUGAUAUGGGCACCUACGUGCACGUGUUCAGCCACAUUCGACAGACGAAUUACGUGCAGCGCUUGACAGUGGUACAUGACGGUGAUGUGGCGUCCCUGGAGCGACUGACAGGGGCUGCCUCUCCUGUCGGUAACGGCGUAGCAGUGGAGGGUGGGGGCCAAGAUAGCCCACCUCGCUUCCCAGGCCGCCUUGCUGUGGCAGCUGAUGCGGCUGGCGCUGCUGGUGCUGGUGCUGCUAAAGAUGGCACCCCAGGUGAGGAUGCUGGUGGUGAGGAGGGUGAUGACGAUGUCGUGCUUGUGGAGGAGGUCGACAUGCCAGCAGGGAACAGCAAGGCAGCAGGUGCCACUCGCAGUCGAAAGGGUGGAGCCUCCAGCAAGGAGCAGGCAGCCACUGCAGUGGUAGCGGCACAGGCAGGGCAGGACAAGGA